AUGGCUGCUGACUGGCAACCCGAGUGCCUCAUGCCUCAGAGCCAACCGUCCCUCGACACUGUCGGUGCUCAUUCUGAUCGGGCUUUGCAGAAUACUUCUGGCAAUGUCCAGUCCUAUUCUGAUGCCUUGGCACACGAUACCACUCGUGAAGAACACCUCCAGCAGUUGGCUUACAAGUAUCCCCAAUCUAUCUCUCACCAUGUCCCAGCUGUGAGCAUGCACCAGCAAGCCGUGGCCGCUCGGCUUCAUGCACGCAAACUGAGACGUCUUCAUUCUGUUGGACCCAAUGUAGCUCCCAGACGGGGUCGAAGCUACCUUAAGUCCCAAAAGUACUUGGAAUAUCGGGCACGCCCUCGACGUGACACCGGUAAGGAUGGGGAGCCUGUUUGGUCUGAUGAGUUGGAAGAUGCCUUCCAGCAGGCUCUUGAAGCCAACCCUCCUAUGGGUCGACGAAAGUGGUCUGAGCGUGGAAAGUCAUAUGGACGGAACGAGCUGAUCGCCGAGUACAUCUUCAAGUUGACCGGCAAGCGAAGGACCCGGAAGCAGGUGUCGAGUCAUCUUCAGGUUCUUGACUCGUUCCUCAAGGGAGAUCCUGACUGGGAGCGACUGGUCCGAGAAACUUCCCCAGAGCGAUCGAGUAGCCACUCUUCAACAUCGGGACCGAAAUGGAGGACAUCGAUGGACCACCAAGCUGCCUCUAGUCACUACGGAGCUCACGCUCAUCCCUCAUACCACGAUCCCAUGAGGUUGUCAAUGCAGUCAUAUGGAGGAGACCUUCCUCCGCCUCACUAUACCCUAGGGUCCAACAUGCAGGAUGCCGGAACGAAGAAUAUCCAUGGCUUUAGUUUUGAUAUGUGGGUAAGCGCGCCUCAGCAGGCCAAUCGCAUUGACAAGGCUCUUCAUGCAUACACGCGGCUGCAAGGUGAUCUGCACCACCCUGCGCCCCCUAUGCCUCUGGAGAACGUCAGUGGAUGGCGAUCUUCUUUCCCCCAUGUUUCCUCUCUUCUUGACAACCUCAACGGUCCUCUUGACUGCGAUAUCAUCAUGCUUGAAGUCAACCUACAAUUGAUGACCGACUUCCCUCCUUCGGGCUCUCGACUUGGUAUCCAACUCGACCUUGACUUCGGUCACCCUACUGCAGGAGAUGUCCUCAUGGUGAACCAGAUGGACAACUGGACCUGCAGCACUCGCCUCUACGAAGAUGGACGGGAACUCUGGGAGACAUACCACGAUCUGCCCAAGCCCCAAUCAACCAAGGUCAAGCCUCUCUUUGAAUCCUCCUGGUGGGCAAAGCUCUUCACUGAGCUGACCCAGGAUAAGCGCAUUGCCGAAGACUCGGGCCAACCCGAGUCGGUCCAUGCUACUGACGAGCGUACUCGCCGUUUCUUCCGCUCUCUGUCUGCAGUACAAGAGAUCCGGGCGGCUCCCAGCUCUCGCCGCAUGUCGAAUCAAUUCCAGGGCCACAGCGGCGAGGAGAGCGAGCGUAUGGCCAUUCUGGUCUGGAAAUUCCGCCAGACUCGCCCUGGCGAAGUUGGCACUACCACUUGGCGCCGUCUGAUCCCACCCCCGGACCGCACUACCACUAACAGCCCUCGGCAAAGCUCUGGAGUUGAUCUGCCUCCGCUCUCUCUUGAUUCUAUUCUUCUCAACAAGCCUACUCAGAACGUCUACCAGGCAUCUCAACCCCAAGACCUAAUUCACCAGGGCCAGCCUCAAUCUCAAUGGCCUAUGUACCAAUCCUCCCACGACAAUGUGGCUAAUAUUUUUAAUUCGUCGGGCCACCUCGACUUCAUGAACUCCAUCACCAAACCCGAGGAUGGUCUCGGUGACAAGACUGCCGUCACCUCCGUGCUGGACUCCUUCUCUUCCAGCCUGCCCAAUGAGACAUCGCAACCCACCAGCCUCAGUGUUUCGAGCAGCGGGCCCAUGAUGAUGAACAUGCACGACCUGCCGCUGUCCCAUCCGAGCCUGGGAUACGCUAUGGGCCACGACACAAGUCAAUACGUGCCAUCGCAACAGCACAGCGUCAACAUACAUGAUAGCAACAGUGUGUUGAACGGCUUUUUCCCGGGCACACAAUCCCUCGAUGACCUGAGCCACGGCCAGGCAUCCUGGGGUGCCCAUUCUACUUCCAUCCCUGGCGAUGUUAGCACCGGUGGCUACCACCACAUGCCCUUCCAGCCCGAGCACCAGGUGCCUGCCUCGCGCGAGUCGCAACAGCCGCAUCACUUCGACGGACUCUUGCCGGAGUUGAUGGAUAAGAUUGUUGGGCGCAUGUCCAACGGUUCUAACAUGCAUGGGGCUGGCCCCGAGCAUACCAACACCGGUUACGCCGAUAAUGGGCCGGUGGACUCGGUUUAA